AUGUCCUCGUACUGUGGGUUCGACGAGCGAUCGUUCGAAGACUUCGACGAGUACACGUCGGAGGACAGUGGGUUCGAGAAGAGUUACGAGUCGUACGGGGCCGAUCCGUCGUUCGCCGGGUGCGUGACGCAGGUGCCGCGAAAGCUGAACUUUGAAAAUGUGGCCAUCGUCCCGCCGCCGACGAUAGGACCAACGACGUCGGGCGAAGUGGAGGAACCGGUUGGGGCUGGCCGGCAGUCGCUCAAGGAUAGGAGCGGUCCACCGUUCAGCCCGAACCUUGGCCUGCAGACUUCGACCCCGACGAAACCGGACGGAGUGGCCGAAGCGAAGCCUAAGCGCAAAUACGCGAUGGGCAAGAGCCGUCUGUCGCGCAACCGGAGUCCUACGCAGGUCCAACGCAUCAAGCGGGUCCGCCGGCUGAAGGCGAACGAUCGCGAGCGGAACCGGAUGCACACGCUAAACGAGGCGCUGGAACGGUUGCGGCUAACGUUGCCCACCUUCCCGGAGGACACCAAGUUGACGAAGAUCGAAACGCUGCGCUUCGCGUACAACUACAUCUUCUCGCUGGUACAGCUUCUGGAGCUCGAUGGUACGAUCCAUUUCGAUCUGGAGAAGCUCCAGAGCCUGACGCUAAGCGGCGAGCGCAUCAACAAGGAGCUGUUCGACGCAAUGUUCAUCAACCCUUCGACGGCGAUCCACUGGGGUGCGAUGGGGUCCGGAUUUACGCCCGGUGACUUCUACAGCAGCAUGCAGCAGUUCGGAGCAGCGAUGAACGGACCGGCGGCUGGUGAAGGAUCGUUCACCGGUGGGGCACCCGGAGGAAGUUAUUCCAAGCAGAACUACCAACUGUUUCGCGGUGCCUUCGAUGUGGCCUACAACUCACCAGCUCCCUCCCAAUCGUACGGACCAGGUGCGUACCCAGGACCCCAGCAACACCAGCAGCCACAGGAGAGCCAUCAUCAUCAUCAUCAUCAGCUCCAGCCGCGACAGAGUGUAGCGCAGCAGCCAUACGCUCGCGAAACCUACUACCCGGCCGUGUCACCGUGUGCUAGCAACAAAAUGGCCGGUUUUGGGCAUGGCGAUGCGCUGGGUGACACCUCCGCUCGGCAGCGCCAGCAAUCACCACCGGGGGCCACGGGGCACACCAUGCACUACACCAGCAGCUUCUACAACCAGACGCCUCCGUGGCGCGACGGAACCGGUGACGGAGCGUACACCGGGCUGGAGGCGGGUCUUUUCGAAGACUUCGCCGGCGGCACCACCGUGGCCUGA